AUGAGCUUGGCCUCCGACUUUCCCCGCAUAGAGAUGCAGCAAGCAUCGCCGUUUUGCCGUAGAUUUGCGGAUGACAUAAGAGGACGACGCAAUCAACCUGACCCUGACUCGGGCAUUGCUGAACGAUCCCCCCCGUAUCACGCCUUAUCUUAUGUCUGGGGGGACCCGACACCCACUGCAACGGUCGACCUCGAUGGAAGCCCAUUGCCCAUCGGAAGCAAUCUCAAUGGUGCCCUUCUUCGUCUGCGCCAGAACGGGGUAGUGGCCUGGUUAUGGGUAGAUGCUAUCUGUAUCGACCAGAACAAUCACGAGGAGAGGAGCUGGCAGGCGGCUCAGAUGCGCGAUAUCUUCGCCCAGGCCAGUUUAGUCUACAUCUGGCUUGGGGCCGAUUACAACAACAGCGAACUUGUCCUGGAUACAACGCAACGCAUCGGUCAAGACGCUCUAGACGCUGGCAUUCUCGACUUGUGGGAUGACUGGCCGUUCCGGCUGGACACAGGGUCCGAAAAUGUGGGAGACGACAAGGCUCUCUCGUUCCUGGCCGAGCUGUUGAACGACGAAGCACUCCGGUGCCCCGACUUGUCAAAGGCCAUAAUGGACCUCCUGGGCCGCGCAAACUGGUUCCGGUCCUGGAUCACGCAGGAGCUCGCCCUUCCUCGCACCGGCCUCAUCCUAUGCGGCUCUCGGCACGUCUCCCUCGACGCUCUCGACGCGGCCCUGAGUGCCGUCUACUUCGCCAAAGUCGGCCGCUUCGCCAGACAGCUUCCGAAAUGGCGGGACUUUGGUGCGGGCCUCGGGAACAACGCCUUUCACAUCCGCGGCUUGGUCGCGCGCCGUCAGCAUCGACGGGGCCAGGGCGCCGAUCUCGCCGAGUUCCUCCUGGCAGACCUCCGGAGCGCGCCCGACAGGCCAUUCUACGCCGCCACUGAUGCCCGCGACGUCAUAUUUGGGUUGCUAGACAUUGCUGCCGACACGGCUCAUCUACAACUGUGCCCAGACUACAGCAAGACGGUUGCUCAGGUGUACACUAUGGCCACGAAGGCCAUGAUCGAGCGAUGGGUAGAGAUUUACCCCAUCAGCUAUCGGAACUACUUCAGGAGCUCGGGAGACAGGCUCCAGCCGCCGGUCACUGAUACCAAUGACCCAUAUGGAAGGAUACUCCGUCGGCGCGGAUGCCUCGUCGAUACAGUGUCCGCCGUACUCGUAAUCGAGCCGUCCAACCAUGGCACUGUGACGCUUGCGGCGGCCCUGGCCUCCCAAGACUUGAUAUCUCGCACUUGUGUGUCGAUUCUAGAAUUCGCCGAGCCCAAUCUGAAAGUUGGUGCUCCAGAGACCGCACUCUGGCGCACCCUCGUGGGUGGUUGGAUGGGCGAUACAAGAUGUGGCAGCGAAUUCGACGCUCUCGCCCCCAAAGCAUUCCGUCAAGAGCCGGUGCCAGUCUCGUCUCUCACCGGCGAACAGUUGGCAUACAUAUUUCGCAACACUUAUCCUUACCCACUCGAUUCGAAACAGGUGACAGACUCGGAGCUUCAGGCUCUUGUGGACGCGUUUUGCGAUAGGAUAGUAGGCAACGCUGCAUCAAGAAGCGGUGGGAAGACGCUAUUUGUGACUGCGGGAGGCAAGUUUAGACUGGGUCCAGAGAAUGUAAUGAGAGACGACGCGGUGACCAUCCUCUUUGGUACCCAAGUGCCGAUAAUCCUCCGACCUUCGGGAGAGUGUUUCACGUAUUUGGGAGAUGCUUACGUAGACCAGGUUAUGGAUGGCGAGUUCAUGACAGGAUGCCCGGUAGAGGACGACUUUGAUAUCAUGUAA